AUGGGUUCAGCAGCUCAUGGAUUCGCCUUGGUGACCCCCGCAUCGCGUGGGCUAGGCUUCGCCUUUGCCCAGCAACUCCUGGCACAAACCGAGCUCCCCGUCAUCGCGACAGCGCGCAAGAACUGCAACGAAGUCCGAGAGCAACUCUUGUCCAGCAGUGGUGUGUCACGCGGAGAAGAGAAGAGACUGCGGCUACUGGAGGUGGACGUCACAGAUGAAUCCACAAUAUCCGCAAUGACAGAAACAAUCCGGCACGAGUACCCAAAUACACCCCUCCGACUGGCCCUCACCCUGCCUGGAAUUCUCAGCGUGGAAAAGUCACCCGCCCAAAUCGACUCUGCAGCCGCGCUGGAGAGUUUCCAAGUCAACGCCCUCGGCCCGCUGUUACUCAUGAAACACCUCUCAUCAUUUCUUCCAAAAAGAUCUGCCCCCGCAUUUCCGACAACAGACUCAUCAUCCUCAGAGGACAAACUAACCUUGCCAUCGCAUGCCAUCUACGCUAUGAUGGCCGCCCGCGUAGGCUCUGUCUCUGACAACGCCUCUGGUGGCUGGUACUCCUAUCGUGCGAGCAAAGCAGCCGUGUUUCAGCUUACAAAGACCUUUGAUUUGCAUCUGCGGACCCGCAGUGCGGAGAAGGCGCUUGCUGUUGCUCUGCAUCCUGGGACGGUGCGGACAGAUUUUACGAGGGAAUUCUGGGGUGGGAGAGAGAUGUUAGAGCCUGCAGAUUCGGCGGGGCGGUUGCUUAAGUUCCUGGCGAGUUUACCACCAGAUGUUCAAGGAGGUCGAGGGAGGUGUUGGGAUUGGAAGGGUGAAGAGGUGUAUCCAUGA